AUGGGCACUGAGGGCAUCCUGGUGGCCCGGCCGGAUAAGAGCGUUGCCAUUUGUGCUGACGUGAAGGAAGUUCUGCUAUCAGAUGGGAAUGAGAAGGCCAUUCAGAAUGUUGGAGGAGUGAUUGAAAAGAACAGACAAUCUGGGAAGUUUGGAGCCACGCUUGUCUCCAGCAGGGUGGUGAGGUGGGACUCUGAGUCAGACAUUUCAGACUUGGAAGGACAUUUCGACUUCAUCAUGUGUGCUGACUGUUUGUUUCUGGACCAGUACAGAGCCAGCCUGGUUGAUGCAAUAAGGAGAUUACUGCAACCAAAUGGCAUGGCGUUGGUGUUUGCCCCACUGCGAGGAGAGACCCUGGGGUUGUUCUGCCAGCUAGCCAGGGAAGCUGGCCUCCAUGUCCGCCAACACCAGCAGUACGAUGGUCAAGUUUGGGAUGUGCACUUAAAGAUGCAGAGAGAAGGAAAGAAGGUGUACGACGACAACAUCCACUACCCUCGCCUCCUCACCCUGACCGGGGAGCCUCGGCCGCUCAGCCACAGACAGUAGAACGAAACAAGCGCGCCUCCCUUGAUGUUAAACCACUGGCGGCGCGGUCAGAUAGUCAAGCUUUGGUUGUUUUUGCCUUCAUGUAAGUAAAUGUGCAGCGGAGCCAUGUUGAAAAGGGACAGACGCGAGCUCAAGCUCCGCGAGAAUGAUGCGACUUGAGGAAGAGUGUCGCAGUAUUUGAAUACGGUAGAGUCUCAAUGUCAGGUUUUCAAGUGAUUCGCAGACUUCAAGUUAUACGGUGACUCGAACAUACACUCAACUGGUUACACAGAAUUGCCCGACUUCCUUCAGCGGUUUAAUCGUUUUGCCUGCCCGUUAGCUUGUAUGGAGUUUGUGGCAAGUUUGAGCUCGCAUGUGUAAUGUUUUCAAUCGGCUUUAGGGAGGAAUAGCCUGGGAGAGAUCAGAAUAAACCAUGUUCUACUGUAAAAGGCACUUUAGUGUGAAGUUAAUAUGUCUACCAGUGCUACAGACAGCCAGUCAGCCCUUUAGUUAGUCUACAAGUCAGUCUGCCAGAUAGUCAGUUAGCAAGUCAUCCAGCCAUCCAGCCCUUAACUUAGGUAGUUGGCCAGCCAAUCAGUCUGUAAAAUAUCCAGCCAGCAAGCCGUGCUGUCAUUAAGUCACUCUGUCGAUCAGUGAGACAGCACUGCAUGUCAGUCAGUC